GCGAGCGGCGGAGCGGGAAGCGAAAGCGAAAGGGGGCGGCGGCGCGGGAUCAUGGCGGCCGCCCCGCUGCUGGUGCGGGUGAGCCCUGCGCCCGCCGCCAGCGAGAAGGCGAUCUUCAAGCUCCAGACAUACUUCCAGUCGGGAAAGCGGUCGGGGGGCGGCGAGUGCAACGUGCGCCCGGGCCCCGAGGUCGGCACCUACUGGGUGGACUUCUUUAAGGAGCAAGAUAGGAAGCGUGUGGAAGCCCGCUCAAAACACACCUUGGAACUGGGGGCAAGAUGCUGGGAGAUAGUCAUCCUGCCGGGAGAAGGGCACCCGGGCAAGAGCCGGGUUACAGCGCACGCCUCUGCCUGCCACAACAAGGUCGCUGCCAGCCCUUCCCUGCCCCAGCAGGAGCAGCAGGACAACGGUGGCUAUGGGGCCACGGCAAAGGAAGACCUUACCAAAAAGAUAUUUCUUACAGUAUCUGCUACUUUGAAUACCAGUAUGUUCACGGAAGACCAAAGGGAGAAAAUUACCAUUAUGUGUCCUAACUUAAAGAGAGAAGGAAACCCUGGCAUGGAUGGCUUUGAGAAAUUGACAGGAGAUUUUACAGAUAUUGAAAAAGCUUAUCACUACUUUGAAGAUAUCCUUGCAGGCAAAGACCCAAACCAUGAUUUUUCACAUUCUGAAUGUAAGAAUGGUUUGAAAGAUGAAAAUGGCCUGAAUACUGAAGAAAUGGUUGAGAUUACAGUUGUGACAGCUCUCUAUGAAUAUUUUAUUCAUACCCGCAAAGAGGAGAUCAAAGAACUACACAAAAAGUUUGGAGCGCAUAUAAGAAUUAAAGGUCAUGACGAGGAUAACACAUUCAUAUACCUAUCUUCUGAUAAAAGUCCUGCAUUGUUACAAGCAGCUAAUGAUUCUUUUAUCAGAACUUUCCAGGAAGCUACAAAAGAUCUGACAGAGGAAAAAGUUCCCAUAACAAAGAGUGACACGUUAAAAGAGACAAUAGUAAAAUUAAAUGAAAGGUUUAGAAAUCUUCUUGCUAAAGAGGAAGGGAAUCAGUUGCUACUCCGUGGUCCAGGGAGUGAGAUUUUAGCUGCCCAAAAAUUUCUAGUAGGGGAAGGUGAGAACAGCCAAGCUGAAAAGAAUAUGAAAAUAUCAUCUGAAUGGUACAAAUACAGGUGUGGAAUUGAAGUUAAUGCUUCUGAGUUUAAAUUGUUGGAAACCAUACUAAGCAAAGAAAUUGAAAACAUAAAUGGCAAAUUUGAUACACUGGUAAAAAUAAUAGAGAAGUCAUAUGGCCAGAAGGUCAUAAUAUUUAGGCCUAAAUCCAAAAAUUCUGAUAUGUCAUCACAUGCUACUGAAAGUUUCAUCAGUGCAUUUCACAGUGCCUCUGCAAUGUUAAGAGAAAAAGUCAUCAGUGUGAAGCUUUCAGAAGAUCAGAAAAAAACUUUAAAUGUGCUACUUAAUGCUAAGAAAUUUGAAGAUCUUAAUGUAAAACUUAAGAAGAAUGAAGAUAAGGUAAUCAUAAGGGGUUUACCAGACCAUCUUUAUGUUGCUGAAAAGUACAUGAAGUCCCUUCUUAACAUUGAAGGGACACUAAUUAGAAAUAGGGCACCACUGUCCUCUGACCUCAGCUCUCAAGAACCUACAGGAUCAUCUAAGAAGUCCAGUGUUAAGCAAAAGAAUAACCUUUCUUCUGAAGGACAGACUCAGGCAAAGACAGAAGAAAAAGAAGAUGAUGAAUGUCCAAUUUGCAAGGACACAAUUGAAAAUAAAGAAAUACUAGAAAAGUGCAAACAUGCAUUUUGCAAAAUUUGCAUUGACAGAGCCAUGGCUUUUAAACAAGCUUGUCCAGUUUGUAAUACCGUCUGUGGAGUCCUGACAGGAAACCAACCAGAGGGAACAAUGUCAACUAGAACAAUCAAUUUGUCUCUUCCUGGUUAUCCCAACUGUGGCACUAUUGAAAUUGUCUAUAAUAUGAAUGGUGGUAUUCAAACUAGCAGCCAUCCAAACCCAGGGCAGCCUUAUGGGCCAGCUCACCGAGUAGCGUAUUUACCUAACAAUGAGGAAGGGCGAGAAAUUCUGCAGCUCCUCAAAAGGGCCUUUCACCAAAAACUGAUUUUCACAGUGGGGCAGUCACGUACUACUGGUGCACAAAAUGUAAUCACAUGGAAUGAUAUUCACCACAAAACUGCCAUGGAGGGAGGACCUUCCCAGUUUGGCUACCCAGAUUCUACUUAUCUGCAGCGUGUUCGAUCAGAAUUGAAAGCAAAAGGAAUUGAAUAAGGAAAUCUCUCAAUUCUUAAGUGCAAUGACUAAACAUACAGCAGUUAAUGUGUACUAUUCAAGAUCUGAGGGAAGUUGCUUUGUUCAGCUACAGUACCUAAAUCGCUUGUAUUUCACAGUUAGCUAAGAAAAGUACUCUUUUCUCAUCAAUGUUCUUUUCACAAUUCGUUUACUCCCUAUAUAUGUAGCCUUUACAAAAUUUGGUUCUUGUGAAUGUAGUAUCAGCACUGUUUGCACUUGGAAUAUCUUGCUUUACUAGCAAAUCUGAUUGGCACUUUUCCGCACAACUCUCCAGUCUGAUUUCCAAAACCCUUAGAUCCACUACUUUUACUAGAUGAAACACUUCUCUUAGUUUUGCAUUAUGAUGUCUGUCAGCAUGGCUGGCAUCAUGUAACGUAAUCUAAAUCUAAAAUUUGUAUGCAGCUAUGACAGUAUUAGCUGUGAUAAGGUUAUGGACUUUUGCUUCUUUUCAUGAUUGAAAUUGCCUUAGUGAUUUGGGUUUUGCAUGUGAAAUUAGCCAUGGAUCACGUACAAGUGGGUAUAUGGAUGCUCAGCUCUGCAGAAAUGCUGAAUACUGAGAGCUGUGUUGGAGCAAACGGGAAGUUGCAGUGUCUGUGUCCAUAUCUGAUAGUGGGCUCCUGGUUCUGUGCCUGCCAUUGUGCUUAGACUUAAAUAUAACUUUUAAAUCAGUUUUUCAACUAUAAAACUGUAUUCUUUCAAUUGCAGCCAAUAUUGGUUUAAAUUGUAUCAUAAAGAUACUCUGCAGUGCCUAAAUAACCUGCUAAUUACCUGUAUGGUGGUAUGUCACACAGACAUGAUUUUUAGUAAGUUGAACCAUUUCUCUAAGGCUACUGAGCGCAACUAAUAAAGAAAAUACAAAAAUA